AUGAGCCAAGAUUGGAACGAGAUCGUGUUCAGGAAGAAGGCCCCCAGCGCCAAGGACGCUAAGGCCGUGACGAAUGCCCAGCGCACGGGUGCCGCCAUCGAAACCUCGAAGAAGGCCGCGACGAACAAGCCCACCACGACCACUGGCAAUCCUGCGCGAAGGCUCGAAUCGGACAUCAUCAAGGGAAUCGAUGAGGAACCCGACAAGCUCACUCCCAAGACGGUGGGUCCUCAGGUGGGGCGCGCCAUCCAGGCGGCUCGCGUGGCGAAGGGCUUGACGCAGGCGCAGCUGGCCCAGCGUAUCAAUCAGAAGGCGACGGUGGUGAACGAACUCGAACAGGGCAAGGCGCUCUUCAACAACCAGAUGCUCGGACAGCUGGAAAGGCAGCUCGGCGUGAAGCUUAGGGGCGACAAGGCCCUCAUCGGCACGCCACUAGAGGCGAAGACCUUCAAGGGCGGCGCCAAGUAA